ACUUCGCUCUCUCCAUCCUCCCCCACAUGACAGCUAAGCCGCGCAGCAGCCUCCUCAGCAGCAUCCACCCUAACUGGGUAGCAGUAGGCUAGUUACCCCCAGCGCAGGAACAGAAACACUGAGGGGCGCAUCCAAGUGAUGCCACUGCACCAACAGCAUCUCGCAACCGCGAAAACACACAGAGAAUAAACAGUCACUUCUGCAAAGAGGAAUAAAACGCGUUUGCCUCGAGACCGCAACUGCCCAUGAAGAUGUCUAACGCUGACAUGGUCUUAAACGCUACCGAUCGAGUAGUAAAAACCGUGCCCUUCCCCCUGAGUCAUCGCCUCACUUUGAAGGAGGUCUUUGACUGUGAGGGGAAGCCCAGGGUGGACCUGCUCAAAGCCCACCUCACCAAGGAAGGCCGCGUGGAGGAGGCCGUGGCGCUACGCAUCAUUAACGAGGGCGCCGCCAUACUGCGCCAGGAGAAAACCAUGCUGGACAUUGAAGCACCAGUCACAGUGUGUGGAGACAUCCAUGGGCAGUUCUUUGACCUCAUGAAGCUGUUCGAGGUGGGUGGCUCGCCAGCCACGACGCGUUACCUCUUCUUGGGAGACUACGUGGACCGGGGAUACUUCAGUAUCGAGUGUGUUUUGUACCUCUGGUCGCUGAAGAUCCUCUACCCAAAGACGUUAUUUUUACUGCGAGGAAACCAUGAAUGUAGACAUUUGACAGAGUACUUCACCUUCAAACAAGAAUGUAAAAUCAAGUACUCGGAGCAGGUGUAUGAUUCAUGUAUGGAUGCAUUCGACUGCCUUCCCCUGGCUGCCCUCAUGAACCAGCAGUUCCUGUGUGUCCACGGAGGACUGUCCCCGGAAAUACACACCUUAGAUGACAUAAAGAAGAUAGACCGCUUCAAGGAGCCUCCGGCGUUUGGGCCCAUGUGCGAUCUACUGUGGUCAGAUCCUCUGGAGGACUUUGGUAACGAGAAAACCCAGGAGUACUUCAGCCACAACACAGUCCGAGGAUGCUCCUACUUCUACAGUUACCCAGCUGUAUGUGAGUUCCUACAGAACAAUAACUUAUUAUCAGUCAUACGAGCACAUGAAGCUCAAGAUGCCGGCUACCGGAUGUACCGGAAGAGCCAGACCACCGGCUUCCCCUCCCUCAUCACCAUCUUCUCAGCGCCAAAUUACCUUGAUGUUUACAACAACAAAGCUGCUGUGCUGAAGUACGAGAACAACGUGAUGAACAUCCGGCAGUUCAACUGCUCCCCUCACCCCUACUGGCUGCCCAACUUCAUGGACGUAUUUACCUGGUCUCUGCCUUUCGUGGGAGAGAAAGUCACGGAGAUGCUGGUGAACGUGUUGAGCAUCUGCUCCGACGACGAGCUCAUGAAUGAUGGAGAUGACCAGGAGAUCUUCGAUGCCAACGCGGCUGCAGCUCGUAAGGAAGUGAUCAGGAACAAGAUCCGUGCCAUUGGGAAAAUGGCUACUAUGUUCAAAGUGCUUCGGGAGGAAAGUGAGAACGUGUUGACGCUGAAGGGCCUGACGCCUACUGGGAUGCUUCCCAGCGGGGUUCUCUCCGGAGGCAAACAGACCCUACAGAGCGCCACCACCGAGGCCAUCGAAGCCAUCGACACAGAAUCUGAGGACGGAGAAGAUGCAUCGCAUGCAGGGAGAACAGGACACAAGCGACAGAGUGCUAAGCCAUCCGUGGGUUCUCUCCCCAACAUAAGAUCGCCAGCUUCGAGGAGGCCAAGGGCCUGGACCGCAUCAAUGAGCGUAUGCCCCCCCGCAGGGUCGGGGUCAACCACGUGGGACAGUCCAUGGGCAAGAUGAACAUGUCCGAGGCCAACGGCACAGACGACAAUGACAACAGCAACAUCCAGUGAUGCUGCGCCACGCCCCAGAGCCCGUGCCACUGCUGCCCCGUGCGGCAAGACAUCGCCAAACCGUGAUUUAAGGCCUCCGAAUAUAGGACACAACUAAACACACCCACAGACACAACAUGCCAUCCGCAUCUGCUGCUCCUACAUCCAAUUAGAGAAACAAAUCAAAUGUUUAAUCUCUUGUACUAAUGGGUAAGGUGGUUUAUUUUUUGAUGCCAGGUGACCACAAAAGGGGUCCGUGACCGAAGGGUCUGUGGAUUGGGAGGGGGUGGUGGGGUCAGAGGUCAGGGCAGUGACAGGGAGCAGAUAAGGAGAGGCCAGCGGGGCAGGAUGCAGGGAAACUUCUUGGGAGGAGGGCCAGAGUGUGAUACUGUGGGUGUGUCUGCUGUUCCCUCUCAGUCCAAUCACAGACAGAGUGGGCGGGGUUUAGAGUCCAGAGCGCUCUCCGAUGUCUGCUGGAUCCUCAUAAGGUUCUGACACGAGACACUCAAGUACAGAACCCAUACCACACACAUAUUUUACUAUUUUGAUUAAGAGUUUCACUCAUGAACUCAUCUCAUACAGAAAUAAUCUCGCUACUUAAAAUGUUUUGCUACUAGUAUUCAUGAAUACAAAUUUUAAAAAAGAAUCUUGUUUGUAAGAAAGGACAUUUGAAAAGAAAAAACAAUGUAGAUUUUACUACUUGCAAUGCAAUCUUACCUAAGAACUUUUCUUUCUUGAUUUAUUUCCUGGUAAGACGCCAUGAGCCUGCAGGGGAAAGGGGUGUAGGGGUGGCCCAUGGGCUUGACUGUGGCCUCUUCACCAACCAAAGCCACGGUCUGUCAUGAUUAGGUGCUGCAGUCCCAGCUCGUGGUUUACAUUCAGUCACCGCCUACCUGAUUGUUUCUCACCUGCUUGUUACUAACGAGAGAGAAUGCACAUAGUAUGUUAAAUCUGCUUUUGCAGUAAAAAACAAAAAAAACUAAUAUAUAUAUAUAUAUAAUGAAUUAUAAAGAUGGACAAUAACAAAGACAAUGAUUUUUAACAGCAUCUACAGUACGGAACGCAUCAAUGCAUGCAAUUAAGUUCCAUAUUGAUAUGUGAAAUUAUAAUUGUGAUGUGUUUCAAUAUAGUAGACUUGAAUUAUUUCCCUCUUCAAAUUAUAUUUGUAAAGUUCUAUUUAGUUUUUUUAUAUAUUGUUUUUUAUUCUUGCUUCCUUGAUUUCUUUUUGUCCAUUUUCUUCAUCAAUAUUAUUUAAAAUAAAUUAUUACUGUUGAUUUUUUAUUUUUCUAUUAUUUUGCUGUACAGGCACAAAUGCUCUUUUUAAGGUGUGAAGCCUUGUUUUUUUUGUUCUGUUGGUGUACAGACGUUGUUCAAUAGUGUGAAUGAACAUAUUACUCAGUGAAAAGCAACAUUCGGGCUGCCAAAGCAUGAUCGCAUGGUUUGUUCAAAUGUAAACAAAUUGGACACAAUAAAAAUCCUGUGUCUCACUUUUAAAGUAAAAAAAUAUAUUCUCAUUAUUAUUCUUGAUGAUAUUAUUAUUAUUAUUAUUACAACAAUUAAGCUGACCGUUAUUUUUCUUUCCGCUGUUUUCUGAUCCUUGUUUGGUCUAGACGUUGUUGAUUUCAACAAAGAAAUUUCAUGAAUUUUAACUUGUGACAUUUUUUUCUUGUACUUUUCUCUGAAACUAAGUUUUGGCAUUUGACUUCCUAAACGAUACACACAUUGUAAGCAUGCCCUAUGGGACAAAUCACUUUUUUUACUCUUGAAUAAAAUAUGCAUGAA